UCACGGAUAGGUGGCACUGAUAGGUGGCACUGAUAGACAGCACUGAUAGGUGGCACUGCUGGGCAUUGACUGGCACAACCGCUGGGCACUGACUGGCAGCACUGCUGGGCUGCACUGAUGGACACUGGUGGGUGGCACUGGUGGGCACAGGUGUGUGGCACUGCUGGGCACAGGUGUGUGGCACUUCUGGGCACAGGUGGGUGCACUGCUGGACACAGGAGAGUGCACUGCUGGGCACAGGUGGGGCGCACUGCUGGGCACAGGUGGGUGCACUGCUGGGCACAGGUGGGCGCACUGCUGGGCACAGGUGGGAGGAACUGGUGGGGGCACUGCUGGGCACCGAUCAUCAGGGAACUGAUCAUCAGUGCCGAUCCCUGCUCUGACAACUGCCGGUUCUCAGCAGUACUUUCCUCACGCUCUGACAGCGUGAGGAAAGUGCAGCCGAGAACUGGCAAUUGC